AUGGUGAAGAUAUGGUCAAAAGAUGGCGAGAGAUGGGGGAAGAUGAUAAAGGAAUCACCGAGUAGACACGGUCAAAUAAUUGGCAAUGCCGUCUUCUCCCCGUGCGUGCCAUGGCAAUUUCUGCGGGCAUUGAUCUGUUCAGAGAAAGAUUGCCCAGGCGGGCGCGCCAUUUCACCUCACCGCCUUUUGAUCAGUCCCUCUCUGAUCGAUUGUUGUUGUCCUGGGCCAUCAACAUUUGCUGGUGCUCGGGGGUUCCACUUGAAGCCCGCCUGGGGACCCCGAAUGCGCGCCGAACGAAUAUUUUUGCCCUCGGGUUUCGACCUUUGGGCGUAG